GAGAGGGAGAAGCAGGCUCCCUGCUGAGCAGGGGGCCAAUGUGGGGCUUGAUCCCAGGACCCUGAGACCAUGACCUGAGCUGAAGGCAGCUGUCCAACCAACUGAGCCACCCAGGUGCCCCUGGGUCCAUGGUUCUAUCUUCACCACACCCAGUGCUUGCACUCCAGCCUUGAACCUCCCCGUCCCACCAUGGGGUAAGGACACAGCCCGACCCCUCACUUCCUUUCAGGACCCUGGCCCUUCUCUGGGACUGGGGAAGAUAGAACAGUUCAUGGCCUGGAGACGUCCGUCAGUGCUCCCUGGACAGCUCGGGUGUCUCCCAGCAAAGUCUCCCUCUGAGUCUGUUUCCACAUUUACAAAAGGGAGCCGGUGACACGGACAGCCCAUGAUGGCCAUAAGGAUACGUUAUGUUGGCACAUGCCCCAUGCCCAGAGCGGGGACUUUCUCCUCGUCUCUCCUUGCUUUCUGUAAAAACUCCCUCACUCCUGUCUGAUGGAGCGCAGGGUGGGAGAUGCAGUCAGAGAGGCUCUAUCUUUUCAUUUGCUCCUACCAGGUCUCUCUCGCCUCCCUUCUCAGUCAGUGAAACGACGGUUGCUGACCACGGCUGACUGCCCAUCCCCGCUGGACGGGGCUGGUGCCCACUACUCCCAACUCUCUGAAAGUCUUCCCUGGCAUCCCUUUGCCCCACUCUCCAGAGGAAUCUGACUCCCACACACUCCCUGGCACCAACCCCCCUCUGCCUCUCCCAGAGCAGCCGUAUCUGGGCCCCAGGGGACACCGUGGAUUGGAACCCUUGGCUCUGCUGCCCCCAUUCCCUACUACCAGCCUCAGUGUCCUUCCCAUCCUUGCCCGGCCAAGGUCUGUCAGGAGCCCUUCGGAGUUCCUCUCCUCAUCUUGCGCACCAGGACAAUCUCAGAACUUGCUGCCCUUCUGGAAGACACCCACAGUCUGUGGGGAGCAGUUCUCUACAGGCCACACUCCAAAUGCAUGGGUAGGCAGGAGUACUCAGGCCCUAACAUGUGGGGGUUCCAACGGAAGGGGUGAUUUCCACCCCACCUUAGCUACCCUCCCCCUCUACAGCUGACUAAACCAUCGAGAUCCAGCCAGGGCAUCCCCACUUCUGGCCUGAGAGCCAGCUCCCCGUCCUGAAAAACCUGUCUGGGGGGCCUUCCCUGAAGCUGUAGGGCCCAAAGGGCAGGUUGGACGGGAUUCCCCUCCAGCCCCUCCCACCCCAAGACAAAAUCAGCCACCCCAGGGGCCUGGCCUCACUUGCCUCCGGAAGCCACAGCCUGCCAGCACCUGUUCUAGCUGCCAACCCAGCUAUGGCAUCCCUGCUGCCCGUCCGGACCUUGCCCUUGAUCCUGAUUCUGCUGACUGUCCUGGCCCUGGGGGCUGCAGACUUCAACAUCUCCAGUAUCUCUGGUCUGCUGUCCCCGGCGCUAACGGAGAGCCUGCUGGUUGCCUUGCCCCCCUGUCACCUCACAGGGGGCAAUGCCACACUGAUGGUCCGGAGAGCCAAUGACAGCCAAGGUUUGCUACCCCCUCCCAAGAUGGCCCCCUGGUCCCCAGAGACCCCUACCCAGCACACCACCAGCACCCCGUCUCCUGCUCCUGCCUUCCUAUCGACCCUUCUCCUGGGCCACCCAUAUUAUGCUGCCCUUCUCCUUGGGGCCUCCGGAAACACACCCCUGACUUCACCCCCAAUUUCCUGCCCAGCGGUGAAAUUUAGCUUCGUGGUGCCUCCGUGCCGUGGGCGCAGGGAGCUGGUGAGUGUGGUGGACAGUGGGGCUGGCUUCACGGUCACCCGGCUCAGUGCAUACCAGGUGACAGACCUCAUACCAGGAACCAAAUACUACAUUUCCUACCUAGUGACGAAGGGGACAUCCACUGAGUCCAGUAGAGAGAUCCCAAUGUCUACGCUUCCUCGAAGGAAGGUGGAAUCCAUUGAGCUGGGAAUGGCCCGGACGGGGGGCAUGGUGGUCAUCACAGUGCUGCUCUCUGUUGCCAUGUUCCUGCUGGUUCUGGGCUUCAUCAUUGCCCUGGCCCUGGGCGCCCGGAAGUGAGGAGGACGGCGCCAGGCAGCAGACCUCCGGGAGGUCCAGGCACUGUCCAUUUCCUCAGGCCACGGCUUUGCCCUGUGUGCCUGCCUCCUCUCCUGAAAAGACUGCCUGCUCCCAGGCUUCAACGCCAGCUUCUUUGGGCCCUUCACCUCUCCUCGCUGCCCCCUCUCCCCGGAGCCCUUUCCUCCCUCUGCCCUCCCCUAGGUCCCAGGUGCCUCACCUCCCAACACUCCUCCUAAUCCCGUCCGCCCACUCCUGUCAGAAUUGACGCUCCUCCCACUUCACCUCUAUAAUCACCCCCCCCCAACAAUUCACCCUUCCCUCAGUGACAGAAAUCCCCUCAAUAAAGUCUGAUGCCACACCUGCCCUGUGUUUCCCUUCUUUGGGCCCCACCUGGGCCAGAACAGCAUCCGAGUCAGGCAGCAGGUGCUCCCAAUCCCCUCCCUGCCACACAAGCCAGAGGUGCUUCUCUCA